CAGACUGCGUGCUGGUGAGCCGCAAGAAUUUUAUGUCGAAGCCCAUAUUUCCAUCAAAGUAUCGAUGUCUAAAGAGGAGGCAUGGAGCACCCUUCUAGUAUUGUGGAGGAGCUGAGGCAGUUUGUCCUAACUGACGCCCCGCCGACAGUCUAUUACAUCCCAGAUUUCAUAUCCGAGGAAGAGGAGGCGUACCUUCUGCAGCAGGUCUACAAGUCUCCCAAAAUCAAAUGGACCCAGCUGUCGGGAAGAAGGCUGCAGAACUGGGGAGGACUCCCUCAUCCCAGAGGCAUGGUGGGCGAGAGGCUCCCUGACUGGCUCCUGAAGCACUGCGAGAAGAUCUCCUCCCUCGGUGCCUUCUGUGGGAAAACUGCCAAUCACGUGCUGGUGAAUGAGUACAAGCCAGGAGAAGGGAUCAUGCCCCACGAGGAUGGCCCUCUCUACCACCCCACCGUCACCACCAUCAGCCUGGGCUCUCACACCCUGCUGGACUUCUACACGCCGGUCAGCGGCACGGAGGGCGACGCGCCGCAGACGGAGGAGAACCGCUACCAGUUCUCCCUGCUGGUGAGGCCACGCAGCCUUCUGAUCCUGCAGGACGACAUGUACCAGCGCCUCCUGCAUGGCAUUCGGGGCUGCGACCAGGACACGCUCACAGACAAGGUGGUGAACUUGUCUGCUGCCAAGGCUGUGUCAGGAGACACUUUGACCCGAGGCACCCGGGUGUCACUGACCAUACGGCAUGUUCCUAAAGUUAUGAAGGCAAAGCUUAUGCUGGGGAAAAAGUAAAACUGACACCACAGAAUGGAAUAUAUUUAGAUUUUUUUUCCUACAGACUGCUUUAAGCCCUCAUCAAUAUAAUGUGUCCACACUGAUUGGAUUUCUGUCAUUAUGCAAUUAGGGUGGUGCUAUGAAAAUGGACCAAACCGGUGGAUAUAUAUUUCCUGUAUGUAAUGAAGUGAUAACUGAAAUCCAGUAUCAAUUCCUAGUGUUCAGAAUAAUGUUUGCUGGUUAUUUCAUUCGAAAGUUUUAAGUCUUAUAUUUUGAACUGAGCAGAAAAAUGCUGUGCAAACCUCAAAUCUUUUGUGUUUUUAUUGUAAAUUGACAGAUCUUAAAUAAAUCUUUUGCUGGCACUUAAUUUCAGCAAUACAUUCCUGAAAAAGAUGGAUUGUUGGUUUAUAGCUUGUUUACUGAAUGGACUUAAACAGCACGAUGAUGUUAAUUGAAUGAUUUUUGCUUUGUAUCUUCAUAUUAAUAAUAGUGUGUUCUUUUGGUGGAAAUGUGAAUAAAGUAAGAACAGGUGCACCAUUAUCUGUUUUGGGAGUUGUCUCUGUAGUGUGCUGCAGGUUUAUCUCAAACAGAAUCAUCCAGUGAACAACACACUAUUAGCUUAAGGUUUUUGCGAAAAUAAGUGAAAUAAAUCAAAUUUGAGCAGCUGGACUAAGUUCAGAUUGAACUCUGCAGUGUCAGAACAAUACAUGAAAGUCACAAAGUUCAAUAUAUUUUUAAGCUGUGUAAUGUGCUGUUUCCCCAA